AUAAAACGUUGUCGUCGGUCGUAGAUUAAAUCAGAAAUCACUGGACAUUAGCAGCAGCAGGAGCAACAGCUCACAACUUUUAUAUUUCAAACGAAAAAGUUUUGUAUUCACUUUCCACUAAACCAACAUCGACGAAGAAGAUGUUCCACAAGACCGCAAUUAUAUUACUUGUAUUGGCCGUGGCCUUUGCGACCGCGGAACCACCACGCUUCCGCCUCCGCAACAGCCGUCUUCAGCAACGCAGACCAUUCUCCGCACGUCAGGAGUCGGUUCCCUCCGAACCAGCGCAGCCUGAGUUCGCACCUUACCCGUCCGCAGAUGAAUUGAAACCGGAAAAUCCCUUCGAAGCUGAGGAAGAAGUCACCGAACCGGAGCUGGUUUACGGCUCACCCGAUCCCACAUACGGACCACCACUGCCCGCUACUGAUCCCCUGCCCGUCGCCGAUGCACCACAAGAGUUUGCGCCCAACCCCGAUGCCGAAGAGUUCGCACGUCUUACCAUCUCGCGUCCAUCGCGUUUGCAACAGCGUCCCAAGCAGCAAACGGCUCAACUCCAGCUUGUGCAGAAGUCACAACGUCUGCAGCAGCGAAAACCACAACAAAAAGCCAUCCUAAGGCAGAUCGUUAACAAGCCUCAGCAGAAAGCCACCAUUAAGCAGGUGGUGAGCACACAGCGCUUGGUUGCAAAGCCCGCGCCCGCUGCUGCAGUGGUUGUGGCAGCACCCGUUGAAGCAGCGGCGCCCGCUAUUGCACCCAGCAAGGUGGUGAUCACCUCAGAACGUCUAGUGCAGGUGGAACCAGCACCACUCUUCAGCGCCUCCAUUGGCACGCCCCUCGGCGAGUCGUACGUAGUGAUCAACUCGCCAUUUGCUCUAACCUCACAUUACCAAUCGUGGUAAGAAUGUGAGUUUGUUAUUUUGUUUUAUUGAAGUAUUAGACAAUUUAUAGGAAAGUUAUACAUUACAAACUACAAUUUAUAUUUACAAAACAUAAAUAAACGAAAAAAAUCGAAAACUAACUGUAAUUCUAAUCUAAUUCAAAUUUUACAUUUUCUCGAAUAUCAGACAUUUUAUAGACCAGUUUCCAUAUUAAAGAUAAAAGUACUGAAGUGGAAACGUGCUCUCUCUCGUUCUGUUUCUUUGUCCUUUCUCUCAAGUUAAACCUUACAAUUUCAAUUAAAAUCUCAACUUUGCCGAUGAGCUCCUCUGUUGACAGUAGAAGUCCGCCAUAUAUGCAAACAUGAAUACAGAUUACAUAACGGAUUAUAUAAAUAAUCUACGCUUCAACGCAUCGUUAACGGCCUUUGACUUCUUGUCGACCGAGCAUAAAGCUGUUGUAAAUGAUGGAGGAUAUAUUCGCUGUUUGGUUACAAGUUCACAUCAACAGAUUAAUAAAUACUCUGAAGCAGACAGAAUCGUCGAGCAACAUUUACCGUAAUUUAAAAACUCAUUAAACUUUACCAACACAACUUCUUCAUGGUAAACACGCUCCCGCACCCACGUCAUUAAGAGAUUCAAUACUUGCAACUCGGCUCUCCUUCCCUUCGUAGUAGUAUUUACACUGCCUUCGCCCUUCGUUAUCCUCAGUUGUUGAACUCGUAUUGGUUCGAUGCAUUGUUAUGCUCGUCCUUGCCGCCAUCAUCAUCAGCUAUUCAGUUGCAUUUUUCACUUCACACGAAGUGCUUUUAUUGCGUCAAAAUGACAGCAAUCAGUAGAGGCAGAUGAAUAUCCUUUGCUCCUCGGUUACACGACACCCCUCCGCCUGCACCCCCGCCUGCCGGCGAGUUUGAGUGCCAGCCAGUUUGUCUUCAACCGUCGACAUAGUCGGGCUGAGCCAGCUGUGGCAACAAUGAUUUCGCCGAGAUCCCUGACUUACUUCAUCAUUCUGUUUUUCGAAAAUACUCUGAAUUAUUUCUCUGGCAUUUCCUGGCUGCAGCCAUUGUUGUUCCUCCUAUUUUGUAUGUACAUAUGUAUAUUGGUAGUAGACACAAAGGUAUUCAUGUACAUUUAUGUGCGCCUUCUCAUUGUCCUUAAUGUGACUGAUUGUGAGCCAUAUUUUACCACUUGUCACCUCCUGACGCCAGCGAUAAGGCCCGAGUGCCCGCAGCAGCCGCAGCUGGGCAAAGUGGAAGAGGUGCAGCGGCAAGCCGGCAAGUUGGAGCAAACUAUUGCUGAGACACCUAACUGGAUUUGCAAUUUUAUUCAAUUUUAUUUGUCUCGGUCGCGACAGCACCGACGGAUUCCACAGGUUGGUGGUGAGACAGCAGCGAGCGAGUGAACGCGCGGUGAACGGAAGUGUUGGAAUGUGCGAAUGAGAAAUUCCGUGCUGCCACUGGAAGUGAAAAAAGACAGAAAGAUGCAAGACAGAAUGAAGUAGUGCACAGAUAGUUUGGACAAUUUGCAUAUCUCUUUGGUUAUUUGGCUUUGGGAGCGACAACAAUAGCAAAAAAAGCCCGCAGGCGCUGUGAAUGAAAUGUGUUGCAUCGGUGUGUGUGUGUGUGGCUGUUGGAGGGCAUAAAAAUGAGGCUGAUUAUCGCCACAGCUGAUGGCCCAACAACAACAACUAAAGCAGACACAUUAAAGUAUGUCAAAAGGACUUGGAAAAGCAACGAAUAAUCUGAAUUUGAACUAGAAAUUCAGCAGAAUGCAGCGCCUUGGCUGGUCUGCAGUUCUUUGGGUAUGUUGGAUGGUGUGGUUAUUUGACAAGCGAAUGGAAGAUGAGUAGUCUGAAAUUAUUAUUUUUUGUUGAAUGUAAUAAUGGCACGACUUUUGUCGAAAUGAAAUAUUCAGCAUAUUUGCCUGAGGCUGAGAUUUGACAAAUAAGCGUGAAGAAAACAAAUCGCCUUGAAUUCGCUUGUCGUAUAAAUCUUUAGAUAACUAUAAAUAGAUAUUAAUUUAAAGUAAGUAGCAGAGAUUUUCGUGAUUUAAACGGGAUUAAACAUAUGUACAUAUAUGCAUUAAAAAAGAGAGGCUAAAAGAGUAUACCCUAGUUAAAAACUUCAGCUCUCAAGACUGAGCGUAAGGGUACUUGGGACUUUGUAUCCAAAGCACUUCGAUAGCCCUUCAUUCGCAUAAUUUCGUUAAGUUUUUUCUGACAGACAACAUCUGGGUUCAAUCCCAACCUUCAAGUAAUAUCAAACAGUUUUCCUGAUGCGCUUGGACUAAGCAGACUGGCGAAUAUCCGAGCAUAUAUCUGCUCAGAAUAAUUAAAUUCGGUUUUAAACUUGUAGAAUCCUCCGAAUGAAUGUCUAGUGACCAUCUAUGUUCAAUCUACAGCUCUAGUGUAGUGAAAGUUCAUUAGAUAAUCAGAUAGAAAAUCUUACACCUGAAGAUAAAAAAUAAAGCCAUAAAAAGUUUGCUCUUGCUACCUUUCUUUGAAAUAAAAGUAUUCAGUCCCAGUAUUCCUUCUACACACGCUUUACUUGCAUCAAUAUGAUUCCAGUUGAACAAUUCGCCCAAUACAAUUUCCUUGGCUCAUAACUUCUUAUCAAUCUUCAGCAAUAUUUUUUGAACUUUUUGUUUUAGAAUCCAUUGCUUUCUUUUCCUAUUCAUUUCAAUCCUACUAAUUUCUAAUUUCUUCGCCAUUUUCACCAUUUUUUACGGCCGGCUGCAUUUAAUGUGUUUUCUCGAAGUCAUGAGUGCCACGGCCGGAGCUUUGGCCAGUUGUAUGUGUGAGUGUCAACGUCGAAGCAUUCAAUAUGCCAUUCCGCAAAUUUUUACGAUUAUUGGCAUUAUUUACUCAAAUGCGAGUUAAGGCGACCAACAACAAUGCGAAUCAGCUGUUUAUAACACCAUGUGUUGCACAGCCAUACACAUACAUACAUAUAUACAUCUGUAUAUCUAUGUAUGUGUGUUAUAAGCGUUCGUGUUCACACUGCGCGGCUAAGUCAACAACAUGCUGGGCCAUCGCUCGCUCACUCAAGUGGUAUCAUUAUCAUCAUCGCCGACGUCGUCAGCGCGCUUGCGUUGUGGCAACAGCAGUGACAGCAGUAAGAAAUUUAUUUGAUGACACAAGAAAUUGCGAUGAGUGUUAUUGCGGGAAAUUAACUUUGCUGUUGGCUGUCAUUGUUGUCUUUGUUGUCCUUCCUUGCUGCGGUCAACCGAAUCGAGUCGAUGUCCUGCUUGCUGCAAACUACCGUUCCAUUGCUUUCCUGCUCCUGCUGGUGGCCGGUGGAAGGAUUAGUGUGUAUGCUUGUGAGCAAUUUCCUUUGGUCAUCGCCAUUAUUGAUACUUUACUUUGCUCCACCCGCACAUACGCACAUAUACUUGUCCAUCAGAACACCCUCAACUCAGUGCUGCUUCUUCCACUCACUCGACUUCAAGUUACUGCCAACUGUGUUCAAGCUUUUGGUUGUGUAUAUGCGUGUGUAGGAGCUUCUAGUUAGCAGCACAAUAAUAUUAUGUUUUCAAAUGCUUUUAAUUUUAAAUCUUAACUUCUUAACGGUUAAGUGGUUUAUUUAUGAUACUUUGCAACAGCUGUUGCAGCUGCAAAUAUGGGUGUGUAGGUGGUUCCAAACUUUCCUGAAAGCUAAAAGAUAAUUAUUGUUUAGUAACACUGUUAAAUCGACAAUAACGGCAUGAUAUUAAGAGCACAACAUAAUGAGUUUGAGGUAACUUGCUUUGUCGUGUGGGUAAAUGUGGCUUAGAUUUUUUUCCCUAAGGUGUAUAGAUAUAAUAUAUGAUUGCUAAUUUUCAUUACUUGUCGGGAGAGUAGAUAUAAUAUAUAGUACAUACAUAGUCCUGUCAUCAAGCAUGUCGGCGCAUUCGCGUCUUGGCUCCCACGUCACACUUCGAGGUCGUAGAUAAUUUCGUAUACCUGGGAACCAGCAUCAACAACACGAACAAUGUCAGCCUCGAAAUCCAGCGCAGAAUAACUCUUGCCAACAGAUGCUACUUUGGACUGAGUAGGCAAUUGAACAGUAAAGUCCUCUCUCGACGAACCAAAAUCAGGCUCUACAAGUCGCUUAUCAUUCCCGUCCUGCUUUACGGUGCAGAAGCUUGGACGAUGUCAACAUCAGAUGAGACGACACUAGGAGUUUUCGAGUUUUCGAAUACCGCAGACGAUGGAACGAUGAGCUGUACGAGUUAUACGACGAUAUUGACAUAGUUCAGCGAAUAAAAAGACAGCGGUUACGCUGGCUAGGUCAUGUUGUCCGAAUGGACGAAAACACUCCAGCCCUGAAAGUGCUCGAUGCAGUACCCGCCGGAGGAAGCCGAGGAAGCCGAGGAAGGGGAAGGCCUCCACUCCGUUGGAGGGACCAGGUGGAGAGCGACCUGGUUACACUUGGGAUCUCCAACUGGCGCCGAACUGCGAAGGAGAGAGAGAGGUGGCGCACUAUCGUCGAUUCGGCUAUAACCGGCUAAACGGUUGCAACGCCAAUCACAUACAUACAUACAUACAUACAUACAUAGUCUUUCUGAUGAUAUGACAUAAAUUGUCCAUUAUACCAUUAUUGUCUACUUUAAAGCGUCGAAACAAAAUUUUUGGAGGUUGGCUGAUAGGAGAUUUUGGUAUGAAGUCAGCGAGAGUGCACUUAUAAGCUUAUACGCUCGUAAUAUCUGUCUUCUAUCUAUAUAUAUAUUAGGGCACUAUCUCUAUUUAUUCUUUAAAAAUACUUUUUCCAGCAAGCACUUUGGCAUGAUCAUUUCCAUUAGCUCGUUUCAGAGAUCCCUUACAACUAAAAAUACCAUAAACAUUCAAUAUUGCCUCCACGUGAAUAUUUUUUGUGCGAAUUUCAAUAAAAAACAAAUCACCAAUUGUGAAAAACUCCAGCCAGAAGCAUUGUUUGGUCUCGAUUUUAUUUUAGGUGCAAUAUAAUUGGAAUUUGCAUACAAUGCCUUUAAAUAACAAUUAGUUCCCAGUCGAAAGCCAGAAAGCAUUUAAUUCAUUCAAAUGAAUAAGAUACUCAGUUUACUACGGCUUUUGAUUUGGGCCUCUCUUGGUGCUGGUGAUCGAGCGCUGAGAGCAAGAGUACAACUGAGAUGAAAUAGUGGAGCAGCUCGGAACGAAGUCGAAGUGUAUUAAUACCGCUUACAAAUCUCAAUCCGCGCGAUUAUCGCUAUUUUUCGGCGAUUUUGUGUAACAUCUUACAUAAAUGUAUAUUCUUUAUUGCGCGACUCUUGCUCUCUGUUUAUCGCUUAUUCGGUUACUUGUGCCAUAAAAACAAAGGUUUAUUUUUGGACAAAAAACCGAAACUAAUAAUAUCAAAAAGUACAUGAGAUUGAAUUAAUGAAAUGAGUAAGCGUAAUGUAAUUAAGCGAUAAGAAUAUGACAAAAGUAAAAACAACAACGGGGGAAAUAAAAUAAUCUGAGUUCGGUGUUGACUUGUGUUUGCAAAUUCCACUUUGUGGGUUAUUUUUAUUGUUAUUCACAACAGUUUUUUCUUGUGCUCUUUUGUGCGAUUGCUUUGGCACUUUUUUGUGACAUGAAAUUUUGCGUUCCGAACAAAGCAUACAAUGGCUCGUUCGGAAACAAUUGCUUUGGCAAAUAAUUUGUGCUACUGCAUAAUACAUAUGUACAUUCGUUUCGAUAUAUAAAUAUAUGCCCAUUAUACUCUGGCCAAUGGUUACUUAACAUAAGAAUAACAUUUCCGCUGUACGGGGUACAACGGGGUUUCGUUAUGGACAAUGGAUACAUUUGAAGAAAAAUAUAUAUAAAACACAUAUAAUAAAUACUAAAAAGCUUAAACUCUACAAUGGUUAGGAAGGCGCAUGAGAGGAAAUCCAGUGUGUGUGUGUGUGUGUGUGUAAGUGGUGGCUUUCACUUUAGCCGAAGAAGCUGCCACGGCUAUCGAUGGCACCGCCGAAGUUCGAAAAUGAACCGUUUCUCUGCGCUUCGAUCGCCGCGGCAUUGAGGAACCAGAAGGGCCGCUGAUCCUCUGGCAGGCGACUGAGUAUGGACACCAGCUCCCUGUCGUCUUUUGCGUCGAUGGGCAGGCGGACGGGCGCAACACCACCGGCAGCGGCGCCAGACGAGGCGGGUCUGCCAGCAGCGCCAGCGCUCCCAAUUGUGUUUACAUUUUGUUGCACAAUGUCAUCGUCGCUGCCAAAACGGUUCGCAAUGCCAUCGGCUACGGGUCGUGCGGUCGGCGUGGCCAAUGGUAGAUAGUUGGACUCGGGGAAGACCACGGGUAUGAAGUUCGCUGGCGGUUUUUGUGCGGCACCAAAAGGCAGUGCAGGCUGCUCGGGUGCACCGAAGCGAUUGACAAUAUCGGUGUUGCUGUUGUUGUUCACGUUAUUGUUCAUGUUGUAUUUGUCCUUUUGAUUGAGACCCGGUGGGCGAAUGCCCGCAAAGGAGGGACGCUGCGACGCGGCCAUUUGCAACAGCAGCAAUGUGGCAAUGGUGAAAGUGAUGAUCUGUUUGCUGUUGAUGGUCUGCAUUUUUCUUUUCUUUUAAUUUGUGUUUAACUUUAAGUGAAAUUUAAUUUCACGUAAUUUAUAAUAUAUCACU